UAAUUUUAAACCAUACUACAUCAAAUGAGUGGCUCGAGAUAUUCUAAUGGUGGGGGAGCCCACCAGAGGGAUCUUCGAACCCAAUUGUUUGCACCACCGCCUCAACGUGGACACUCACAAACACCCCCUUCAAGAACCGCCUCGCCAUACGACAAGGCUCCUCCACCUCCCAAUGCUAAAUAUAACGAAUCAUACCUUCUGUCCUUGGAGUCACAGAAUAACGACGAACUCGACUCUAUGAGCUCGAAAGUGCGCUUACUUAAAGACCUUGGAGUGAAAAUGGGUGGAGAAAUUAAUAAAUCAAUGAAAUUAAAUGAUGAAAUCACAAACUCAAUGGAAAAAGGGAAAGUAACUUUAAAGAAAACUUGGGGUAAAAUGAUCAUUAUGAGUGAACGUGCCGGAAUAACGUGGCGUAUGUGGCUCACAGUAUUUGCCAUGGUGGGACUUUGGUUUUUCUGGGUUUGGUUGUUUUAAAUGAUAAUGAGAUGAGAUGUACACUAGAAGAACUAUAAUUAUUAUAGUAUUAGGAAUAAUAAAAGAAUAUCAAUAAAACAAAUUUAAUGAUCAGAAAUGAAUAUAAAUAUAUCUAUAUUGUAAAUGUU